CUAUCGGUUUGUGUAUUCACAUUUGUUCAGAUUUAUCUGUCAAACAUACACACCUAAAUUCGAAUGAGUGUUGCCUGUGCUACAUCGGGUAACGUAGGUAAGAGUAGGAAUGUAGGGGUACAGUAGGCGCUGCCUGGCAUAUCAGUGCUAUCAAGUGCGGCGGCUGCUCUUCCCGGCUUGAUUAGAUUUUCACGCCGGGGGACUUUUUAGAGAUGUGUGUGUGCAGGUUUUCGUUCGACUUCCAUUCACGUUCAGUUGCUAGCUGAUUAGCGAAUGCCUUAUCACGCCACCCGGAGAAGAUCUAUUCGCAAUUUGAACGCAUUGUGCUAGAGUUUGUUUGGUGACUAGUUGUCUAUCGGGCAGGUGCCAAGUGAGAUCUGGUCCGGCAAUGGUUUGGAUACGCCCCGCUAACGUACCAUAUCCGUCGGUUUGGCACACCUUCAAGGCCAAAGACAUCGACAGUGACCGGCUGGUGAACUACGUGGUUCAGGAUCUACCGGAGGAACGCUUCACCGAUGCCGUCAACCACAUGCUGGGAAUCUUCAUCUACGACGAACCGAUGUGUCGAGCGAAAAAACUGGCUGAAGACCCGGCAAGCGUCGAAAGCAUUCGCGUCUUGUGGCAGGAAAUGGUCAAGCAACGGUUGGUCUUGGUAUGCUUCCGGGAAGGAUCGGAUGAAAUUGUGGGCGUCAAUAUGACGUACGCCGCCAGCAAGGACGACUCCAAGGAUUACACCCCCACCGCAAAGCUGUGGCGCGAUGUUUACGACGCGGUGGAUUAUUUCUACAAACACAGCCAGGAUAGUGUGCUGUUUGACACGGUCCUGUCCGCGCUGGGUCUGUCCGUUUCACCGAAGUACAGGGGCCGGGGGAUCGCAACGGAAAUUUUGCGCGCCCGAGUUCCACUGUGCCGUGCCGUUGGGUUGAAGCAGACCACGACAAUAUUUACUGCGCCCGCGUCUCAAGUUGCCGCGGCCAAGGUCGGUUUCAAGGAGACCCUCGUGAUGCGCUAUGAAGAACUGGCUCAGCUGGACCCGAGGUUUCACUUUCCCGGUACCGAAAAUACCUACUGUAAAAGUAUGAGUUUAAUGAUUGAUUAAAUUGUACAACUGAAGGUAAGUUAUGAAAAACAUGGAAAUUUAAAAUAGAGGCUAGACGGUAUUAUCAGGUGUAUCAACAUUCAACUUGGAACAAGAAAUUAAUUAUAAAAACUAUCUGUUAACAAAUGAAAUCUCUUAAAUAAAUUAUGUUCUCUCAUCAGA